AUGAAAUAUGAGAAAAAAAAUUGGAACAACGAUAAGGGGAAAAAAAGACGUUCGAAAUUUCCAAACGAUGAAAGCUACGGCGGGGGGAAAAGCAGGAGGUAUGGUAAACAUGACGAGGGAGGAGGAAAAGGAGGAGGAGGGGGGUUUAACAACAAGUGGUAUCGCCAGGAAAAGCGCCGUAGUGCGCCAAUGCACAGUGACAUCGAACAGGGCGACGAUUUGAAUUCAGAGAGACCCACUUACAAAUCCGCUUCGUCCAAUUUUAAGAGCAGUAACUAUGAAGUGAAAAAUAAAGUGCCAGAUAAAUGGGGCCAUCGAAAUAGCCAGUAUAUGCCACCCUCAUAUAAAAAGGGGGCGAUGAAUCAAAACGCGAACGUCCCAGAUGGCAUGAAAAAUAAUCAUCCUCGUUAUCAAAAAAAGUACGUAAGAAAUGCUGGCGAAAGGGGAUCAAAAUUUAGUGCGUAUGGAAGUGGCGGUCACAACGUAAAUGUCAACUUUGAUGAAGAGAAACGCCCGCCGAACGAAGACAAUUACGACUACGCCGAUGAUUAUUACAACAGUGAUACAUACUAUGCGGAAGACGGCCACCACACGGGGGAUCAUUACGGGGAUAAUGGCGACUACCGUGGCAAUGGCGGUGACCAAUACGGCGAUCAGCGGAAGCACAGCCAGUACACUGAUAGUUACAGCAGGAACUACGACCACGGGAGCUACAACCUCGACAGUAAUGAUGGCAGCAUUCGACACGCGCGCAAAGACAACCAUGAAUACGAGGACAGCCAGGGUGAUAACUACGUUGACAGUUACGAUGAAAAUUAUGACGCGAAUUGCGGAGACCAUAACAGUAAUCGCGCCAGUGGGGAUUCCAGAGAGGCCAACAUAAACGAGGAGCUGAGUAACCUGCAUAGGAAUCUGCACAAUUUUCUUUUCUCCCCUGCAAAAGUGGCAGGCGAGAAAACCCUUAGCGAAACGAACACCACAUCGCAUAAGAAGGACUCUAAGGAAAGUUUGUUGAACCAGUUGACCAUUCUCCGGAACAUUCCGUUUAAUGUGAAGCAGUCGGACGGGGAAGGCGACGCUGGAGGUGGUAUUGGAGGCGGAAUUGAAGACGACACCCAAGGCGGCAUCCAAAGCGGCAGAGAUGAUGGACUUACUAACAACAAGGUCGAUGCCGACGUCAGCGACAGACGUAGCCUUGGCGCGCAGCAGAAGAAAAGGAGCCAGAGUAGCAAGACAGCCAUGAUACUGGACGAUUUGAAGAAGUGUCUCUAUGGCAGUAGAAGUCAGAAAUCGAAGAAGACACACCCCGCGGGGGACAAUAUGGGCAUCUUACGCCAACCGAACCGCGAUGAGGGAGAGUCUCAAACGGACAGGAGGUACCAUUCAAACAGCUACAUAGUCAAUGACGAUAGCCAUUUUAAUGUCAGCAGUGGUAUAGGCUACAAAACUGUUGAGGAAAGUGGGAUCAGAAGACGGAGUAGAAGCAGCAGUAGUAGAAUGCGAAGCAGUUUUUUUUCCCCACCAGGAAAUGUAGAACGGGGGAAGAUGAAGAAGAAGGAGAAGCAGGAAGAGGAAGAGGAGGAGGAUAGAAUUCGUAGCCGUUACAGAAACGACUCUAAUUAUUACAAUGCCGAGAUGGACAUCGAAUCGUCCAUAUCAAGCGACCAUAGCGAUGUCAUGGGUGUGUAUAAGAACGAAGUGAAGGAGGAGGAGGACAAUAUGAUAAGUUCGAGUGGAAAUAUAUUUCCCAGAAAUCAGAUAGCCGAAUCGUUGAGGGUGUUAAAUACGUUACAGGUAGACAUUGAAAGAGUCUGCUGUUACAUAAAACAUUUCAUAGAUCCUCCGGAGGAGCUGUUCCAAGUUAUGACGGAUGUUUUCGUGGACAAGUCAGUUGAAGUAAAUUCAAAAAUUGCCACCUUUUAUGUAUAUAAUCAUUUAAUACAAGAAUUGAGAAACAAUUUAAAAAACGAUUUGAUAAAAUAUUAUUCAAUCGCGGAGAGAGGGCUACACAUUUUUGUCGUCCCAGUACUCAGGUGUGUACUACAUGAGCAGGUCAACGUAGAGAUGAUUAACAAAUUUUAUCGAUGUGUAGCCAUAUGGAAUGAAAGAAAUGUUUAUAGCAAAAUAGUAUGUGAACAGCUAAAAUUGCUUCAGAAAAAUCCACAAAAAAAAAUUGAUUUUACAGUAAAAAAUGUAGCUAGCCAGCCUCAUAGUUUGCUAUCAAAUGAACUGUCCAAAUUUGUACCCAUCAAUUUUAUUUUAAAAAUGCCAAGUGUGAAUAAUGAACAUAGGAAAGCUCUGGAAGAUAAAACUCUCAGUGCGCUUUUUCAGGAUAUAUCAAAGGAUACUCUGAGGGGGUACGAUGAGGCGGAUGUUGAGGAAGCUUCCAAAAUGUCAGACAAGGUGAUGCGGAUGUACGGGCAGGAAUUAAUUUUAAUCAACUCUCAAAUCUUGGAGUUAUCCUCCUUGAUUUGUGAUAACAAUGACCAGUUGGUGAAGCUGCAGAGUGCGCUGGAGAAGCUACGGGAUUGA